AACAGCGUUGGUGACACCGUCGACAAAGGGGGAGAAAAGGAAAACAGAAAACAAGCCUCUCAUAAUCCUCUCCAUUUCCAUUUCCAUCUAUAUCUCUGUGCGUCGGAUUUUAUAAAUCUCGUUCUUUGCAUCCUAUCCAAAAUUUUCUCCUCUCUUUUCUCUUGCUCUCGCUAUCUCUGGAUAGAUUAAACUAGCCGCUUUUUCAACACCGCAGGAUCAAAUUUCCAUGGAAAUGGCUUCCACUUCUUCGGUGAGCGAAGAACAAAGACAAGAACAGAAUCAACAAGUAACGGUGAAAGAGAAGGAGUGCGUCCACAGAACGAAGACAAUACAGUUCCUGGGCCGCACUACUCCUAUCGUUCUCCAAAACGACAAUGGACCUUGCCCUCUCCUCGCUAUCUGUAAUGUUCUUCUGUUGAGGAACAAUCUAAAUUUGAGCCCAGAUAUAUCAGAAGUCUCACAAGAGAAACUAUUAUCACUUGUUGCAGAACGCUUGAUUGAUUCCAACAGUAAUAAUAAAGAUGCAGGCUAUGUUGAAAACCAGCAGCAGAAUAUUGCAGAUGCUAUUGAUUUACUUCCUCGUCUUACAACAGGAAUUGAUGUAAAUAUAAAGUUUAGGAGGAUAGAUGAUUUCGAGUUCACACCAGAAUGUGCCAUAUUUGAUUUGCUCGACAUCCCUUUAUAUCAUGGUUGGAUAGUUGAUCCUCAGGAUUAUGAUACUGCAAAUGCUAUUGGGGCAAAGUCCUAUAAUGCUCUUAUGGGACAGCUUGUUGCCCUGGAAACACGAAAGAUGGAAUGUGAAAGUAAGAAUAACCCUGAGGAAGAUUCUGUUGAUUUUGCUGCUGCAACCACUGCAACUCUGGGUGUUCCUUCUCCUUGUCUUUCUAAAGCUAGAUCUUUUGAUGAUUCUCCGCGUUCUGUCCCUGAUCACCAGAUAUUAAGGAAAGGGGACCUAGAAGAAGAAGCAGAGCUAUUGAGGGUCUUAAAAUUGUCAGAAUAUGAAUUUCCCACUUCCAUGGGUGAUGCUCUUGUAGCUGAUGUUAGUGAAGGUGUUCUGCCUACUGGUUCAGAUGAACAUACAUGUGCAAAGGGGGCUUUGCCUGGAAAUUCUGUGGAUAUGUCAGAGGGGCAUGUUGGCAUUGAUAAUGGUCAUGGAAUCUUGAGCAAUGAUCAGAAUGAUCUCAUAUAUCCCAGAAUUCUUCCAGGGGAAAUGGCAUGUGCUGCCCCGAAGAUUGAUCAGAGGUACCCUUCAGAAACUCUUCCAAGGGAAUUGUUGUGUUCUUCAUCAAAGGCUGAUCAGAUUAACCCGGCUGAUCAGUCAACUAAUAAAGAAUCCAGAGGCCCUGGUUCUUCUAAUGCUUUAAUUGAGAAUUGUAGUGUUGAGACAUCAGUCCAGAUUUCAGGUGCACCAUCCUUGUCUGGUGGGAAAAAUAUUGUAUCUAUUGAUGAAGAAUGCAUGGAUAUUUCUCGAAGAGGGGAAGUGGUUGAGAAUCAAUCAGCUUCCAUAACUGAUGUUCAUGAACCUGCAGAUGUUUCUGACGGGCAUGAUAGAGCAGAAGUAUCAGGGUUAUCUACACCAAAUCUGGAUUCGGAUUCCUCUAGUGGCAGAAUACAGAAUGUAGAUGUACCCGAAGCAUUUACUUCAAGUAUUGAUGGUAGUGAGCCCAUUUAUGAAGGAGAAGAAUGCAUUUUAGAUGCAGGAACUGCAGUUUUUGAAGACCGAGAGCCUAUGUAUGAAGGUGAGGUGAUUCUUGCAGAGCAGGCUGAUAAAACUGUGAGUUCAAAUGAUGAAAUCACACCACAAGAAGGGGAGCUGAUAAGGAACUUCUUGAAGAGCAAUGCUAGUCAGCUGACCUUUUAUGGUCUUUUUUGUUUACAAGAUGGGCUCAAAGAACGUGAACUAUGUGUUUUUUUCCGUAACAAUCACUUCGGCACCAUGUUUAAGUAUGAUGGUGAACUUUAUCUUUUAGCUACAGACCAAGGUUACUUAAACCAGCCUGAUUUGGUGUGGGAGAAACUAAAUGAGGUCAAUGGGGAUACAUUGUUCAUGACUGGCAACUUCAAGGAAUUCAAGGUGGAAAGUCAUGCAAAUGAUACAUGGGAUGAGCACAAUGCCGUGGCCAGUACUGCUGACUACAUUGCCAGCAUUGAUACUGCACAAGCUGGUUUGGAAAAUUCUGAUCUGCAACUUGCAAUAGCUUUGCAACAGCAGGAGUUUGAGCAGCAGCAGCAGCAGCAGCAACCACAACGCCAUAAUGUGCAGCAACAUUCUGUUGAUGGCAGUUCAAGACUGAUUACAGGUCCCCAGGUGCCUAGAACGAGUGGGAAGUAUCCAUCUUCAUCUUCCAAGCCUGAAGCAAAAUCAAAGGAUAAGUGUAUCGUGAUGUGAGUUUUGCUUUAGGGCAACUUGGAAGUCUGCAUUGUAAAUGUUUUGUAUUUGGCUGCAUUGUCCAUGACAUGACACUGAUAAAGUUUUUGAUUGCAAAAAGUAUAUAGUAUCAAUAUUGGUAGACUA